AUGAUGCACUCCGCUCAACGUUGGUCGAUUUGCCUGUAGGCGGGAGACGUUAAUAUUCCCGAGAUGAUUUUAACAUUGUGAGCUUGUUAUUGUCGCUGUCUGUGGUUGAAGGCAGUCGGACUACACCUCAAAAUGAGAAGAGCAACCGAAAAUCAAAGAAACACCCUGGAAGGACCUUGUAUUCCAGCAGCGCUCCCGAAUCAUCAUUAUUCCAGGAGACUCCAAUGAAACCCUCUGAGCACCUCAACGGGCUUCCUCGCCCACCUCCCAGGACAAUGUUGCCACUUCAUAGCCCUGAGGUGUGGGACAGACUAAAUCCACCACAGCACCCUCUUCCACCACGGCACCCUCUACCACCACAGCACCCUCUUUCAACACGGCACCUUCUUCCACCUACGGGACCGACCUAUUCUCCAGGGUUUGUCCCAAGCAGCCCGUCUCACAUUGGCUCCCCAGUGAAUCGGUCCCACCCUCUGGCAGGGUGCAGAUUCGCCCCUCUGCAGAACCAACACCAUCAACAACCUCCGCCGUCUUUCUGCUCAUCGAGGUCUGAUCCAGUCAGCGCAACUAACAGUGGUACUACAGCGUUUCCUCACUUCAUGAAGGAUUUAAGUAACCACUUCCUGUCGUCCCAUAUCAGGAGAGAGCAAGGGACUGAAUCCAAGGUCACUUUGUCAAACUCGGGAAGUAAAAAUGUAACGCCACAAAGGCACGCGUCGAGCAAGGAUCAAUCCAGUGAUGUGAGGAGUUCCAUAGGUACAGUCGAGCUCCACAGGCCCCCUAUGAGCCCGUCAUUUUACAUCAGAGGUAUUCAAGGAGUUCACCCGUGGCCCACCUCGGACUCAGAGCAUCGGGCCCACUGGUCCUCUUCGGGCUACCAGCCUUCUCCCAGUACCCAGUCGUCUUACAGAAGUAGUGGUUCCAGUUUACCUGUUAUGCACAAUCUUUUGUCCCCUGGCCAGGAGCAACAUAAACAAACACCUUCGAGUGAAAACAGAAUUCCAGUUGUGGAUUUGAAUUGCACAUCUCAGAAGAGGCACAGAGAUUUUCAAGACCUUGUCGACAGUCCCAAGAAACUCUGUCUUUCGGCUGUGAACUCUGACCAAGCGCAGACACCAAAGCCAACUGUGGGCCGCUCACUGAGCGCAAUGCUGACUCCGCCCUCAAAGACGCAUUCAUUAGCCUUGGAACGGUCCCCCAAAACCCCAAAUCGCCUUCUUUGCACACAACCAUCCUCUGGCCAAUCACCGUGCUUGGAGCUGUCGUCCACAACUAAACCCGCGCAGUCAUCAUGGGCAUCCACGUCACUCAAACCUUGCAUAAAGAAACCGUCAAUGAUUGGAGCAAUGCAAGUCUACUUAAAGGGCACCCAGGAUGACAUCUUGAAGUUGAGAUCACCUUCAAAAAGUCUGGAUGAAGAAAGUUUGAAGCAGUCGGUUCCCCUGGAGGACACAGGUGGCUCCCCUCAGCCAGGCAGCCACCAGUCCCUUCACACUCACGGCAGUACCUCGGGAAUACUAGUCAACGCCGGGAGCAGAGACGAUCACACAGAGGAGAGCAGGAAACCGGACAGCAGCACUCCCAAACAUUGCUCCAAAACAAGUACGGUGGAGCGAAAUAAAACGGCUCGACCACGAAGGCCUGUUGCGAUCCCGGACGAUAUAGAUGAGCUUUUCACUCCUGAUCCUUUGACAUAUGUUGUCAGCUCUGCCCACAAGACCCCAAAGCCCAAGAUGGCCGGGAUCAAAUCUCCCGCCUCGGAGAACAGCUGUUCGUCCAGCCCUUUGACUAAUGGAUCCUCCUGUCGAAAGACGAGUUCACACGCGACGGACGCCAAAGUCUCAUCCCCGCCGUCGUCUCAUCAGGCAAAAGUCCCCGUGCCGACUGUGGCUUUAGAGCGGGUACAACUUGAACACUUGAAAUACGCUUUCCGAAAUGACUCAAAAAACAGCCCCCUCACUUCUUCGGUUAACAAGCCAAAGGAUGAUGGUCUAAAAUCGAACGACAAGCCCACACCUCUCCCCCCGAACCAGGGGAGUCACGGCGAGUUAGAGACAGGCCCCGCAACCUCCACGCCUCACUGCUCUCGUCCUCUACCGCCGGAGAGGCGAGCAAGUGAUGGGCGCAGGAGGCCGGCGAGCGAAGAAGAUCCCAUUGAUCUGGACCUGGACUUGGGCCUAAGCUUUGCGGUGGAUAUGGAUCUAACCCAGAGCUCCCAAAGCAGUGAGGAGGAGCAGCUUCUCUCCCUGCAGGAGAUGAUGGAGCGCGUCAGCAAGCCUCCAGCCACGCCAGCAAAGCUGGCUUUCUCCGAGCCGGGCACACCCGGAAAUCACAGCUGCCCGUCGAGCACCCAGCUGUUGGCAGCCACUAAGUUGGGCAUCUACAAGAACAACCUCGACCAGAUGCUGGAGGAAAUCAACACCAAUAAAAGAGCUAAAGAGAUUGAGUCACAACUUCUAACUGCGUGUAAAGAGGACCUGCUGAGGAUAGCUGAAUAUGAGGAGGCGGAGGAGAACCGGGAGGAGGGCGUCUCCACCGAACAACAGGAAUUCCUGCAACGCUACUCUUUGAUGUCCAACGCUAUCAGAGAAGUGCCUCCGGGAGAAGUGGUGUUCAACCUGGAGAGAUUUGGCCAGAUCUUUGACCAUGAGACGCUGCAGCUCAGACGGUGCAUGGUCAACCCGCAGGGCACGGCGCAGAAAACGCUUCUUUGGUCCAGUCCUGCCCAACUCAGGUUGCAUCUAAAUAUUGGAUUGUUCCAGGAAGCUUAUAAUUGUCGUUCGCCCUGUCCAACUCAGGUUACCCGUUUCCUGUUCAAGAUGAUGUCAGUCCAUAGUGAGAGGCUGGUAUGUGAAAAGAUACUCCAGGCUCUGUGUGACAUCGCCCGCACUGCUGCUUAUCAGAUAGUGAAAAAUGAAAGCCAGCAGUUUAAGGUGUGGGUGCCCAGUUUGGCCGAUGUGGCGCUGGUUCUGUUGAAUAUGGGAGUUUCGUUCGUUACUCUUUUCCCUUUUGAGAAUCUGCAGCCUCCCUUCACCGAGGGAGAUCUGCUUGAGGACAUUCAUAUCAAAAGUGAAAGUCCCUCCAGCAAGGAGGAACCAAAAGCGUUCCCUGAACACAACUGCAACAACAUCUUGAAGUACCUGUCUUACUGCAUGGGCCUUUGUCCACGAGUGUACAGCGACGACGAGCUGCUGCUGCUGCUGACCGUGGUGGCGAAGGUGGGCCUGGACUCGCGCCUCCUCCUCACGUCCAGCACCGAGCUGUACCCUCUCCAGUACAAAAUCGUCAACAACGUGAGGGACUGGGACACAAUGCUGCCUCGAAUCUGCAUGGACCUUACCGAUCUGACGGAUGACCACCACAACAUGUGCCUGCUAGUUCAGCUGCUUCCUGACAACACGCGUGGGAAACAACUGCGUCGACAUCUGAGCCUGUCCAUGAUCUCGAAGCUGUUGAACGGAACAUGCACCUACAGGCCGAGAGAAAAGGAGUUUGAGCUCUCCGAUCUGAGGCCCUAUCUGCCCCGGAUGCAGCCCUCCGCGCUACUCCGAAGCAUGCUGAGUCAGAGAAAUAAAGGAGAGGACGUAGCCACCCUCGACCAACAGUCCUACUACCUCUGCUAUAGCCUUCUGACUUUGGCAAAUGAAGCGUCAAACUACCAGUUCUUCCCGGCUAAUCAAAAGACACAGCUGCUGUCCAUGUGCUCCGAGCUGGAAACGCACGUUAAGUGCGACAUCAGAGAGAGUGAGAAAUGUCUUUAUCGGAGCAAGGUGAAGGACCUCGUGGCCAGGAUCUACACCAAGUGGCAGAUGCUCCUUCAGAGGACCAGGCCUCUCCAUGGCCAGUUGUAUGAUUAUUGGCAGCCUUUGCCCGUUGACACAUUGAUGAGCAGCCAAGAGGAGCACGAGAUGGACAGCGAUGAUGGAGAGGGGCCAGGGUCCGAGGACGAUGAAGAAGAGAGAUCCAAUGAUGGCAAACAGAUUUUGAUAACUGACGAGGACGAGGAAGAAGAUGACACAAUGGAUGACACAAAUGAGACAGAGAACUACAAGACUGCAGAAGAAAUGUUGGGAGACGAUACAAAGGAGGAAACAAAUGAGCCCGGGGACGACAAGACUGCAGAAGAAAUGUUGGGAGACGAUACAAAGGAGGAAACAAAUGAGCCCGGGGACGACAAGACUGCAGAAGAAAUGUUGGGAGACGAUACAAAGGAGCCCGGGGACGACAUGACUGCAGAAAAAAUGUUGGGAGACGAUACAAAGAAGCCCGCGGACGACAUGACUGCAGAAGAAAUGUUGGGAGACAAUACAAAGGGACCCGGGGACGACGAGACUGCAGAAGAAAUGUUGGGAGACAAUACAAAGGAGGAAACAAAUGAGCCCGAGGACGACAUGACGGCAGAAGAAAUGUUGGGAGACGAUACAAAGGGGCCCGGGGACGACAUGACUGUAAAAGAAAUGAUCGGAGACGAUACAAAGGGGCCCGGGGACGACAUGACUGCAGAAGAAAUGUUGGGAGACGAUACAAAGGGACCCGGGGACGACAUGACGGCAGAAGAAAUGUUGGGAGACGAUACAAAGGGGCCCGGGGACGACAUGACUGCAGAAGAAAUGUUGGGAGACGAUACAAAUGAACCCGGGGACGGCAUGACGGCAGAAGAAAUGUUGGGAGACGAUACAAAGGGACCCGGGGACGACAUGACGGCAGAAGCAAUGUUGGGAGACGAUACAAAGGAGGAGACAAAUGAGCCCGGGGACGACAUGACUGCAGAAGACAUUUUGGUAGACGAUACAAUGGAUGAAACAAGCAGGACCGAGAACAACCUGAUGCCAGAAGAGUUGAGUGAAGUACAGGAGCAAACGGAGGCUGGAAAGGAGGAGCGUAGUGAGAUGGAGUCUGAAAACCCGUUUGAGACCGGAGAAGCUUCUCACCAUAACCAGGUCGCAGCAUGUGACAUGGGCUCAUAGAGAUUUUAUUUAUCACGGCUCUUGGGUUACUCUUAAACUCAAUUUGCACUAUUAUCCUCCCCAUCCAUCUCCACCCCCCCCCCCCCUCCUCCCUUCCCAAGUUUCAUCUUCAGUCCAAAUACUAUUUGUAUAUUUAUGAAUAAAAACAUUUUAGAAGAGAGCACAAAGUGAGUGUUGCUCACAAAGAAAAUAUUGUUUUAUUUUUUUGUUUUUUAUAUAUUGAUAAAUAUUUUGUGAAUGCCUCUUAUUUGUGCCUGUUUUAACUCCUUUUAGUUUUGUUAUGUGUAUAUUGCUGCUGAGUAGUGCUGUGUUUAAAGAGAGGGAUUCUUUUGAAUCCUUGUUUUUGUGCCAUGUUAAUUUAGAGAAUUUAAGUCAUUUCUCGUUGUGUAACUCUGCUGAUGGGAAGCUCUUGUACCAUAUUUACCACUUUCUUCUACAAAACAGCCUCAAGUGUAAACACCCGACAUACUGUUCAAAAUCUACUCCCACUAUGCAACAGUUUUACUGUAAGUUAAAUUUAUUUUAGAAAUGAGAUUUGCUUAUAGCAGGUUUCUCCCCCCCAGGUCCGUCUGUUCAUAGCAGGAAAGGUACAGGCAUUGACCAAUGCCAACAAAGAUAUCGCUGUUCUCCAAAUGUGCCUGUGAGCAACGAUGGUGUGACUGAACGCGAAGGACUUAAAUGGAAUACGGCGAUAGUUCAUUUUAAUACUCAGCUGUGCUUGUCUUACUGUGACGUACUAUUAAAGUAACUGUAAAUAGUUUCAGGAUACACAUAAUCUUGUUUUGGAUUCAUUGUUGUAAUUUCACUGUUUUGUUGGAUGUGUGCAAUUUUUCAUAUUCCCCCUUUGGGGAAAUAUUUUUUUAAUGAUAAAUACUGCCAAAUGGAGAAAAUAAAUAAAACUUUGGACAACAAUAUUGUCAA